AUGACAACUUCAUGUAAUACACAUGAUUAUGAUGGUAAAUUACGUGAAAAAUGGUUUGAAAUACGUUCAAUAUUAAUUAAAGAAUAUCUUCCAAAUUGUCUUUCAUUUGAUGAUACAAUAAAAGAAAUGGAACAAUGGCUUGAUAAAAAAUAUUUUAAUGUUAAACGAAUUGGUCGUGCACGUCGUUCAAUAAAAAUUUUAACAACACAACGACAAAGUAAUUUUGAUUCAAAAAAUGAUAUUGAUGUUGAAGAACUUUUACCUAUUCUAUGGAAUAAAGUUAAAAAUCAAGAAGAUAUACAUGAUACUUUUUAUGAACAAUUAUGUGAUAUUACUGGUGGAAGUUGUUCACAAGGACGAUCAACAAGACUUUUUCAAUUUUUAUUUCUUUUCGAUUUACCAUCAGAAACAACAACGAAAACAAAUGAUGAAAAACAAGAUGUAUCAACUGAACAAGAACCGAUAAAUACCUUAACUGAUAAUAAACAACCUUCAGAAGAAUUAAAAUCUCAUGAAGAACAAUCGACUGAAGAAAAAUCCGAAGAAGAACAACAGUCAAAAAAAGAAGUAGACAUUAACGAUGAAGAAUUAACUAAUAUAUCUUCCAUUAAAAUAGAAUAA